CAAGCUUCCCCUCAGUGCUCGAUCAACACUUUACCGACCAUGUUCAAGUUGCUAGUGCUGUGCGCGUUCGUUGCCGGUGGUGCGAUGGCCAUCGGCACCGUGUCGGAGACGCGUCCCAACGCCCGUAUCAGCGGUGGUGAGCUGACCGAUCCACGGGCCGUUCCGUUCAUCGUCGGCAUACUCAUAUCCGGCUCGUCUUCCCAUUCGUUCUGUGCUGGUAUUUUGAUUUCUCCCCGUCACGUUCUCACCACCGCAAGCUGUGUGUCCAACCGACCGACGCUGACCGUACUACUCGGUGCAUCGGAUAUGACCCGCAUCCAGCAGUUCAUCGGUGUCGCGAACAUACUAAUCCAUCCCAACUACAGCUCCCUGUUCAACCGGGACGAUCUGGCCAUUCUAACGAUGGAUCGUGACACACCGCUGAACGAGUACAUCCAGGUAGCGAACCUUCCCCGCUGGUCCCACAUGGGCAACACGUUCAACGGUUUCGGCACGACGAUCAGCGGCUGGGGCAAUACGGGCAACCGGGACAAUGAGCCAAUCCCGACGCCAAACCUGCAGUCCAUCCGGACGCCCGUCAUCAGCAACACGGUGUGCGGCAUUUCGCACAACUUUAUCCGGGAUGAUCAUAUCUGUACCUCGGGCGACAUCGGAGGUCCUUGCAAUGGUGAUGACGGAGGUCCGGUUACGAUAACGGAGGCAGGCCAACCGAUCGUUAUCGGUAUGCAUUCGUUCCACUACAGCGGACUGUUCGGGUGCGAUCGUGGCCGGUCCGCCGUUCAUGUGCGUCUCAGCAGCUAUCUGAGCUGGAUUGAAGCCAACUCGGACGCGGUAAUCAGGCCGUGAUUGGGGUGGAUUUAAGAACCCCCCAAAAACUCGACGAUACUGUGGCCUCGACUUGUCUACGUGGGGGGUGGGAAGGGCGCACGACCUACGUACGUCAUUGGCAGGGCUUAAUCCUUUAUCUUAUCCGGUG